UGGGGCAUCAUACCCUAUCCGACGACCGACGACAUGAAGGCGAUCGCCCUCGCAUUGCUGGUAGCUGUGGCCACAGCAGCAAAACUCCCACAGGAGGCAGCGCCUGUGGAAGAGGCCCCCGUAGAAGAGGACCCCGUGGAAGCAGCGCCUGUUGCUGCCCUGACCCCAGCACUCUUGCCCGUGGCCAUCCUCCGAAGCAACCAGGUCAACCCCGACGAGUUCGGAGCCCACAGCUCCGACUUCGAAGCCGAAAACGGCAUCGUCUUCCAGUUCUCCGGGUCCGAGGGAGCCCUCGGCGGAGCCAACAUGAUCGGAUCCUGGAGCUACCCCCUGGAAGACGGCUCCAUAGCCUCAGUCUCCUUCGUGGCCGACGAGAACGGAUUCCAGCCCCAGUCCUCGUUGUUGCCCGUGGCUCCCGCCUUCCCCCACCCCAUCCCACAGUUCGUCCUCGACCAGAUCGAGUUCGCCAGGCUCGAGGACGAGCGCAGGGCCCAAGAAGAGGCUGCUGCUGGCUCAGCAAACGAGGAAUAAGGAAAGACCUCUUGGAAUUCUUUUCUGUUUCCUACCUCUUUUGUUGCUCUGUUUUUACGAUGAGAUUUAUUUAUGCAAAGCUGCUUGUUUGCUCAAUGUCUACCCCUUGAA